ACGUAUUGGGGAGUACCCCGAGUUUUGUGUAACAACUUCCGCUAUAUAUUGUAAAGUAAAAAAAUACCAAUGAAGUUUGCUUUCCUUAUCUGCCUAAUUGUUACAUCAGUGAUGAGUAUCGUUACUGUUCGAAAUGUUGAGGCGAAAAGGUUAUUACUUGAAGAAAUUCCUCAGUUGCAUCAUGAAGGUUCGCCGCAGGUAGUGAAAUUACUGGAUGAUGACUGCAUGGAUGGAUGUCAUAUGAAAUGUAUUCCUAACAACAGAAUUACUCCUUGUUUAUGUCUAUGUUAAUUUUCCGUUUUCUUUUUUGAAUAAGAUAUGUUUUCACUAAUAAUAAAACUUUGUUGCAUAG